UAUGAGGCUAAGACACGUCUGGAGGGCCUGUCUGGCAACACGUCCAUCAGCUCUGCUGACCUGUUUGGGGACGGGAGUGACRGUGACACAGGGGCAGCAGGUUAUGAGAGUGUGCUGCCGACGGGGCCAGACAUUGCUCAGUUCAAACAGGGGGUGAAGACUGUGGCGGGCAAGAUGGCUGUGCUGGCCAACGGCGUCAUGAACACCAUACAGGAUCGCUAUGGCGCUUACUGAAGAGACCAGGACGACCAACACCCAGCUGCAGGGGGAGAGGGAGCCAUGACGUCAUACUGACACAGAGAGUGCAGGGGGGGGGGGACAGAGCAAAUCACUACUGACUGGUAUCUGUAGUGAGAGAAGGGAAGAGAGAUUGCAUGAAUGGAGGGGGACCCCCCCCAACCCCGUUUCUGUCCAUCCACUUUAUAGAGAGUGAGACAAAGUUUUAUUUUCAGCGAAGAAAGCUCUGGAAGGUGUAAAGUAUUUUUUUUCCUGUUCUAACUAGUCUUGUUUUCUAUACUGUUUUGGUCUCUGAUUUCAACAAAUAUUAAUGAUAUAAAGUAUUCUCUAAGAAUGAUAUGAUAACCAAUCCUCUCUCAGUUGAA